AUGACACAAGACCCAUACGAACUUCGCAUGCAUAUCAUUAAUGUUUUCUUUCCGGCUCGUGAUACAGCUGCUAUCGCAUCCGGGGAUGUUACAUUCGAACUUGCUCGUCACCCCGCAGAAUGCAAGAAACUGAAGACGGAGGUCGAUGGCAUCGACCCAAGUCAAGUAUUAACAUUCGAAUUUCUCCGUUCGUUGAAAGUUACCAAAGCCAUAAUUAACGAGUCCCUACGCUUACACCCAGCCGCGUCGAGAAUUGGUAAAACAUCAUUGAAAGAUACAGUUCUACCGAAAGGAGGCGCAAAAGAUUGCCAGUCACCGAUAUUUAUACCUAAGGGUACUGUGGUCGAGCUAGACCUUUACACAUUGCAAAGGGAUUCGACGAUAUGGGGAGCAGAUGCAGAUGACUUCAAACCAGAUCGAUGGCUAGAUACCAAGCGGCCAUUGUGGGAAGCGAGAUGGCAAUACGAACCAUUUUUAGGAGGUAUCAGGAUGUGUCCUGCUCAGAAUCAAGUUUUGAUUCAACUGUCCUAUCUUUUGGUCAGAUUAGCACAAGAAAUUCAACUCAUCGAGAAUAAGGACGAGGUCUUUGAAUGCCUUGAACGAGUUACUAUGACUGUGGAAAGUAUGAACGGUGCAAGAUCGCUGUCACACAUGUUAUAUGAUUCGGAGGAUGCCGUUCGGGGUAUUCGCAAGUCCAGACUACUAUAG